UUUCGUGCUUUAGAAGACUCUUUGACUCUUUUUUGGCUUGUUUAAUGACUGUAGGGUUCCUCAAUUGCGUAAAAUUCAAUACAAAAACAAUAUUUGAAAGUUGUAGCCCGGUCUGGCUUCACAAAUUCAUCAUAAGUGGGAAAACAUCUUCAGUCAACGAGUAUAAUUCGUUGAUUUCUUUGAUGAUUGUUUGGGGGGCAAAUCACAGCAAGGUCGACCCAGUUUACUUUUCGCGCCUCAAUCGUCAAUUUGUUUAAACACCAAAAACCGAUUUUAAGUCAAUCGAAUAAUGAAUUCUUCAAGCUGUCUUGCAGCGUUGAGCUACUCAGCCUCUCCGAAUAAUUAAUUUUUGGCAGUUGCUCUUGCUCACUUCUACCACCAAACUCGCUUCUACCACCAAGCUCGCCUCUUUCACCAACCCUACACAAAAAGCCACCUCCAACUCACUAGCCACCGAAGAAAAUGCCUACUUCCUCUCCAAUCGUUCCCGCCGCCGCCUCCUGCCCAUGGCUCGCGAACUUGCAGCUCAAGUCUUGGGAUCGACUCCUCGAAAUCUCAACUACAUUGUAUCGGAGCGCCGAGGAGUGCGCGAUACUCGAAGACGCAAUCGCGUAUCUUCGGACCGACAGCGACGCUCCUCCUUUCAACCACCAGCUGGGGAGCCUGCUCUACUUCCGCAUGGGACAAGGAUUGGCUGAAAGUGAUGACCUCAACCGGAUGACAGUCGCACAGUUGCAGUAUGAGGUCCUCAGACGUGGCCUCAUUCCCAGCCACGAAUUGCCUGAAACCAGGCAGAUCACCCUCCGCGUGCGGCUCUGGAUAGACAACCGAAGCGACCCUUCAUUCAUGUCAAGGCAGAUGUCCGGUCCAAGUCGCAAGGCAGAUGUCCAGUCCAAGUCGCUCAGCAGAUGACAGCGGGUACCAGACUGGUCAAGAUGCCGAGGAGGAGUUGAGCUCUAGAAGGAGCGAGUCGGAAGACUGUGACAUGUCUAGUGAUACGGACGAUGCGCUACCAAGUGGCGAUUGGAAGGAAUCGGGCGGGUAUAUCAGGCACUGGGACCCUGAGGUUCAGAAGGCUGUUAUAUAC